AUGAAAUCACAAGGCGUUGAUACCAAUGCAUUGGGAAAAAUUCUUGACCACAAGACAUUUGAAGGAAAUCGACCAACAUCAUCAAUUAUGGUCGAUAAAAUGACCCCAUUCACGUUGGGAUCAUUGAUUGCUCUUUACGAACACAAAAUCUUUGUUCAAGGAAUCAUUUGGAAUAUCAAUUCAUUUGAUCAAUGGGGAGUCGAGUUGGGCAAAGAAUUGGCUAAGUCAAUUGAGCCCGAACUUAAUGACAACAAUCAAAUGAGAGGCAUGAGAGCAUCAGCACUACGACAGUUAUUAGGGCAGAUUUCCAAUCGAUAUCCUGAUCCUCCUCUUUCAAUCAUACCGAGUAUCCAUGUUCCCUCAACCAUCCGUCCUCUGUUGUACUUUCUCUUGCCGAUCUUGCGCUCGUCAAUCUCGACAACAGUUCACGCUCCUCCAAUUUUACCACUAUCCUGA